GAAAGACUGGAAAGUCCAAAAGGAUCUUGGCUGUGAAAUUCAUCCUAAUGCACUGCAGAAGGAGCACCAUGUAGAAAACACAGAAGAGGAACAGAACAUUGUAAGAUUUUUUUUUGUCCAUCUGUAUUUGAGCACCAAGAAAACAGAGAGAAACAAAUUAAAGAACUCCACCAGAUCUAAUCUGUAGCUUUCUGGCUAAUGUUUUGCUUUCUGAUACCUGGUGAUGGAAAACCAAAGCAGAAUCAGUGACCUGCUCGUGCAUGCCCUUGACAACCUUCCUCAGGAAGACUUCAAAAGAUUUAAAGACAAACUAUCGCAUUCUGGCUUUAAGGGGAAAGAUAUCAUCCCCCGAGGUCGGCUGGAGAAUGCUGACAGGAUAGAUACAAAGAACAUUCUGAUGGCAUUCUAUGGUGGAGAUGCUGCAGUAGAUGUAACAAUAGAAAUUUUCACUCAGAUCAAUGUCAGAGAGACUGCUGCUAACCUCAGAAAAGAGAGAGAGAAAGUUUUUUCAAAGGAAAAGGAGAAAAAAGCAAAAGUUGAAGAAACAAAAGGGAACAACAGACAAUGUGGUCUGGGACCAUGUGCAGAGAUACGUCAUACCAAGAAGGAUCAUCCCUCUCUGAAAGGCUCUGAAAAGGAGAAAAAAGAAAAAGUUGAAGAAACAAAUGGGAACAACAGACAAUGUGGUCUGGGACCAUGUGCGGAGAUAUGUCAUACCAAGGAGCAGGGAGAUGAUCAUCCCUCUCUGAAAGGCUCUGAUUACCGGAAGAAGUAUAGAGAACAUAUACAAGGAGAAUACCAAAUAAUAGAAGAUAGGAAUUCUCGCCUGGGUGAAUGUGUGAGUCUAGACAAAAGAUACACAAAACUGCUUAUUGUAAAGGAACAUCAGGGAUGGGAGGCGAAAGAACAUGACAUAAUCACCAAAGGAAGGAGACACGCAGAGUCGAUGGCUCAACAAACCAAUCUCACUAAGAUUAGUGCUUUAUUUGAUCCUGGUAGAAAUCAACAAAUCACAAGAACUGUUGUGCUGCAGGGAGCAGCUGGAAUUGGGAAAACAACGACAGCAAGAAAGAUCAUGUUGGACUGGGCAGCUGGAAAACUCUAUCAGAAAAAGUUUGAUUAUGUUUUCUAUAUAAAUUGCAGAAAAAUAAAUCUUGUUACUGCACAGAAAAGUGUUGCUGAUUUGAUUUUAGACAAUUGCCCUAAUGGAAAAGGACCAAUUAAAGAAAUCUUUGAGAAGCCAGAAAAACUCCUGUUCAUAAUAGAUGGUUUUGAUGAAUUGAAUUCCUUGCUAGACAUUGAUGAAGUUAGUCUGUGCAGAGACCCAUUUGAGAAGAAGCCAGUGGAAACUGUACUGUGCAGCUUAUUGAGAAAGAAAGUUCUACAAAAAUCCUGCUUACUGAUCACUACAAGACCAACUGCUCUGGAGAAACAAAAGCAGAAUUUGAAAUUUCCAUGUUAUGCAGAGAUAAUGGGAUUUUCUGGAGAAGAGAGGAAAGAAUAUUUUCAUAAAUUCUUUCGUGAUGAAAAGAAAGCAACACAAGCCUUUAAUUUUGUGAAAGAAAAUGAAAUACUCUUCACCAUGUGCUUUGUCCCCAUUGUGUGUUGGAUCAUCUGCAUGGCUACAAAGCAACAGAUGAAAAGAGGGAAAGCUCUUUCAGAAACUUCAAAAACAACCACAUCGGUAUAUUUGCUCUUUCUGUCCACUCUGCUAACAGAUCAUUUCACUGACUCAAUACAUAUGAAAACAUCUAAAACUACUCUGUGGAAGCUUUGCUCAUUGGCUGCAGAUGGAAUUUUAGAACGGAAAAUCCUGUUUGAAGAAGGUGACCUGAAGAAGCACAAUUUAUCCUUGUCUAACAUUCAGACUCUCUUUCUGGGUAAAAGUAUUUUUCAAAAAGACACAGAAUGUGAAGGUGUCUACAGCUUCAUUCACUUGAGUUUCCAAGAGUUUUUUGCAGCUCUGUUCUAUGUGCUAGAGAAAGAUGAAGAGACAAAGAAAAAAUCAUUGACUUCUAAGAAAGAUGUGAACCACUUGAUAAAAACCUAUGGACUAUCUAAAAAUAAUUAUUUGAUGUUAACAGUACGUUUCUUGUUUGGUCUCUUAAAUAAAGAGAGACUAAAUGAUAUGGAGAAAAAGUUACACUGUAAAACAUCAUCUGCAAUAAAGCUGGAAUUAUUGAAAUGGUUUGAAGCAGAAGCUAAAAACAUCUCCUCUCUGUCCUAUAAGACCUAUGGGGAAUGCCAUGACCAGCUUGAGUUGUUUCACUGUUUGUAUGAGUAUCAGGAAGAAGAGUUUGCGAAACGCGCCAUGGCUAAUUUCCAAGAAAUUAGACUGGAACACAUCAGGCUUACAAUAAUGGAUGAAAUUGCUCUUUCAUUCUGUGUAAAGAACUGUUGUAGUAAUCAGUCACUUUACCUAUGUAAAUGUAUGCUUGGGAUUGGAGAACGAGAAGAAGGAUGGAUAGCAAAGCUACGGAAAUGGUUAUUUCCUCUGAACCCAGGGAUUAAAGAUAUGAGAACUUCAACUGCACACUCAUUGUGUCAAGGACUGAAGGAUCCAAACUGUAAACUAAAAACAAUAGUGAACCCAGGGAUUAAAGAUCUGAGAACUUCAACUGCAUACUCAUUGUGUCAAGGACUGAAGGAUCCAAACUGUAAACUAAAAACAAUAGUAUUGCGGCAGUGCAGUCUCACAGCUGCUUGCUGUGGGGAUCUCUCUGCUGCCCUCAGUACAAACCAGUCCCUGACUGAGCUGGAGCUGAGUGGGAAUGAACUGGGAGAUUUAGGAAUUAAACUUCUGUGUGAAGGACUGAAACAUCCCAGAUGUAAACUGCAGAAAUUAGUGGUUUGGGAUUGCCAGCUCACUGAUGCUUGCUGUGGAGAUCUCUCCUCUCUGCUCAGCACAAACCAGUCCCUGAGAGAGUUGAACCUGAGAGGUAAUAAUCUGAGUUAUUCAGGAGUGAAGCUUCUGUGUGAAGGACUGAAACAUCCAAACUGCAAGUUAGAGAAGCUCGAUUUGUCAGAAAUCCACAUAGAUGAAAUAACAACCCAAGACUUGGAAGUUUUGCAGAAGAUACAACCUGGUUUGUCGAUUGUGCAUAAUGCAGCAUCCGGCCAUCAGAACCCAGGUACAAAGACAAGGAGGAUGGCCUGUCUUCUAUCCGAGUGCCAUACAUUCAUCUGCAGACUAACGUCUCGGAGUUCAGAAAUGAUGUGGAAUAUUUUUGUGAUGCACUGUCGUGAGGUUGGACUAAUUCUGCUGUUAAGCAUAGCUACAUAUUGGCUUCUCUGGCUGAUAUAUAGUUAAGUAUCUGAAAUGGAAGAUUGUAUAGAGAAUUUACAAAUCUUGAGACAGUUUUUGACUCCCUUUAAGGAAUUGCAGUAGCACAAGAGAUUUGAAGUGGGAAUUGCUUUCCCUUUAAAGUUGGCAUGUCAAACACCUGUCCCAUGUGAUGUUUUUCUGUUGCUGCAUCACUUACUCAGAUUCUGCAGAGUAUAAGCUUUUCUUUAUUGACUUUUUAAAAGUAACUUUUUUGGCCUCAUAGUUGUGAAGAAAAUUUCCUGUAUGUGACUCUAGUAUUACUGAAGCAGCGACGUCUGUCUGAGUCUGCAGAUGGCCUGAGGACCCUGGGAGAUGUGAAUGCUAAUGCAAACCCUGCCCCUCAGUAAUCUCCCAGGGGUGCUAGUUCUAAAUCCCCAAUUCAAUGUCAAUGUGAACUAUUUCAUUGCUGAUUGGUUUAGGGGAUGGAAUGGGGAAGAGCAGGGGCGGCUCUAGGAAUUGUGCUGCCCGAAGCAGGGCGGCACGCCGCGGGGGGCGCUCUGGUGGUCGCCGGUCCCGUGGC